ACAGUCACUGUGAUUACCUAAACAGCAAAGAGGCAGAGCCAUUGAUAAUAAGAGAAGCAGAACAUUGGCUGAGAGUAGGCAGGAAACUUGGUGCCAGGGCCUCUGGUUAUAAAUAGCCUGUGAAAGCUGAAGAAAAACACAGGAGCGGCUCUGCAAGAGGAGUAACAAGCAAUGGAUUCCAAACAGCGCGUGAAACUAAGUGACGGCCACUUCAUUCCCGCCCUGGGAUAUGGCACCUAUAAGCCUGAGGAGGUUCCUAAAAGCAAAACCUUGGAGGGCACCAAAUUGGCUAUAGAUGCUGGAUUUCGCCAUAUUGAUACUGCAUAUACUUACCAAGUAGAAGAGGAAGUGGGAACCGUCAUUAAGAAUAAGAUUGCAGAAGGCAUUGUGAAGAGAGAAGACAUAUUCCUCACUUCAAAGCUUUGGUGUACUUCUCAUCGAUCAGAAAUGGUCAAACCUAGCUUGGAAAAUUCCCUAAGAAAACUUGGCUUGGACUAUGUUGACCUGUAUCUCAUUCAUUACCCAGUGGCCAUGAAGCCAGGUGAAGACCUCUUCCCCACUGAUGAAAAGGGAAAAUCAUUAUUGGACACAACGGAUAUCCUUGCCACAUGGGAGGCCAUGGAGAAGUGUAAGGACGCAGGACUGACCAAAUCCAUCGGGGUUUCUAACUUUAACCGCAGGCAGCUGGAGAUGAUACUGAACAAACCGGGACUCAAGUAUAAGCCUGUCUGCAACCAGGUGGAAUGCCAUCCUUAUCUCAACCAGAGCAAACUGCUGGAUUUCUGCAAGUCUAAGGACAUUGUGCUGGUUGCUUACUGUGCUCUGGGAUCUCAACGACCAAAACGAUGGGUGGACCCAAGUGCUCCAGUUCUCUUGGAAGAUCCCGUCCUUUGUGCUGUGGCAAAAAAGCACCAGCGAUCUCCAGCCCAGAUUGCCCUUCGCUACCAGCUGCAGCGUGGGGUUGUGGUUCUGGCCCAGAGUUUCAAGGAGAACGAGAUAAAAGAGAACCUGCAGGUCUUUGGAUUCCAGUUGACUUCCGAAGACAUGAAAAGCCUAGAUGGCCUGAACAGAAAUUUUCGAUAUGCUGCUGCUGAAUUUCUUGCUGAUGACCCUAAUUACCCAUUUUCCGAUGAAUAUUAAUGUGGAGGCGGUUCCCAUGAUUUCAGCCAAGUGUACCUGGGUGUGGAUACUGGUGCAGGAGAAAUCACGGAUGCUGCUGUUGGACACAUCACUUCCCCUCAAACCAUGUUCCUUAGGAACUUGCAGUUACCUACACCUCAUUCAAUACAUCCACAGGAGCAUGCAAUAAAGACCAACAGGUUUUUGAAAAAAAUAUAAAGGUUUUGUCUAAAACUA